GUAGUAUAUACUGCUGGAGAAGAAUACAAGAAUGAGCGAGGCCGAGACAGAGAAUAGAAGCUCAGAGCAAGAGUCGAAGAACGAGCACGAACAGGGCAAGCAGUCAAAGGAUAGCGAAUCUUCCGAUCAACGAAAUCCACAAGGCACUACCACCUCAAACACCAAAGGCAUGGAUAAACUCCUCAACAAAGUCCCAAACAUGUCCCCCGAAGGACCUCUCGGCACUCAAACAAAAGGCCCCCUCUCCGCAGUCGGCGACCCCCUAGGCCAAGUCCUAAACUACUCACUCAAACCUCUGGGCCACGUAACUGGCGCAAUCGGCAACCCACAUGGCGAAGCUCUCGAACGCGUCCAACGUGUGGCCCAGCACGAGGGAAUUGCAGAAGGGGAGCCGAAGUACUUGCCUGAUCGCGAUAAUGGGGAACCAGAUGCGGAAUUACCUGGUGGAGAGAGGAUUGGAGGGAAGGAACAGACGGGGGAGAAUCCGUUGGGGUUGUGAGAGCCUUGUGAUGCAGUGCGAGAGGACGUCUGACCGAAUUAGCGAAGGUCCCAGGAUCCUUUGUUCGGGCGUGUGUGAAAAUGUAGUGUAGGCAUCGAUGACGAUGAAACGGCCUUGUUUGUACGAUUAGCAUGACAUUAGCAUCAGCAUGGGAAAGCACAUAAGGAAAC